AUGUAUGUAGUGCUUGAUGAACAGAGUAACAAAUCUCUGGCCAAGACAGAGUUUUUCAAUCUCUUCAACAUCAAUGACAACUCUGCUCCAUACACCAUGAAGACGUGUUCUGGGGUAACAGAGACUUCGGGCAGGAGAGCUGUCAACUUCAUGGUGGAGUCUAUAGAUGGACACAUGCAGCUCACUCUCCCUACCCUGAUAGAGUGUGAUAUGAUGCCAGACGAUAGGAUGGAGAUUCCCUCCCCCGACAUUGCGUAUCAUCAUCCCCAUCUGCAACCAGUUAUGGACAGAAUUCCAGCUGUGGACCCAGACGCUCCCAUCCUCCUGCUCUUAGGACGAGACAUCUUAAGGGUACACAAGGUACGAGAGCAAAUCAAUGGGCCCCACGACACUCCUUAUGCACAGCGACUCGACCUCGGGUGGGUCAUCGUAGGUGAGGUCUGUCUGGGAACGGCUCACCGACCAGCCAAUGUUAACGUGUUCAGGACAAACAUACUUCAAAAUGGUCGCACAUCCUAUCUGAGCCCUUGCCCUGACAUCAUCCAGGUGAAAGAGAACUACAACAGCGUAGCUCAGAAACACAUCUCUCCCUCUACAGUGCACUUGAGAGAUCCAAACACAACUGUGAACACAGACAGCCUGGGAUGUUCCGUGUUCGACAAAACACAAGACGAUGAUAAACCAGCACCAUCAGUGGAGGACAAAGCCUUCUUGGACAUUAUGGACAAACAGGUUUUCCAGGAUGAUGGAAACAACUGGGUGGCUCCACUACCCUUUCGCCCCACUAGACGUCGCCUUCCUAAUAACAGGGAGCAGGCCAUGAACCGUCUCACAUCACUUCGCAGGACUUUAGACAAAAAGCCUGACAUGAAGCGUCAUUUUAUUGACUUCUUGCAGAAGAUGCUGGAUAACGACCAAGCCGAACCUUCACAGCCACUAGAGGGAGACGAAGAACGUUGGUAUCUGCCCAUAUUUGGUGUUUACCAUCCACAAAAGCCUGAACAAAUACGAGUAGUAUUUGACUCCAGUGCUAAGUGUCAAGGCGUGUCACUUAACGAUGUUCUGCUCAGUGGUCCAGACUUAAACAACACACUCUUGGGUGUCCUAAUGCGUUUCCGCAAGGAUUGCAUUGCACUAACAGCAGAUGUGCAGCAAAUGUUUUACUGUUUUGGUGUACGUGAGGAUCACAGAGAUUACUUAAGGUUUCUCUGGUAUGAAGACAACAACCCAGAUGGAAACAUAACCGAGUACAGGAUGAAAGUGCAUGUAUUUGGGAACAGCCCUUCACCAGCCGUAGCCAUCUACUGCAUGAGACGAGCAGCGCUACAGGGUGAGAAGGAACAUGGGUCAGAACCCAAGCAAUAUGUAGUGAGGAACUUCUACGUCGAUGAUGGUCUGACAUCAGUAGCUACUACAGAAGAAGCUGUCAACAUUCUAAGAAAAACACAAGCAAUGUUGGCGGAGUCCAACAUGAAACUACACAAGAUUGCAUCCAAUAGCAAAACAGUUAUGGAAGCCUUCCCUAUGGAGGACCGUGCGAAAGACUUAAAAGAUCUGGACCUAGGAGUGGAUCCUCUCCCCUUUCAACGGAGUCUGGGACUUUCCUGGAACCUGGAAACAGACAGCUUCUCAUUCCAGGUGUCCCACAAUGAGAAGCCUUUUACGCGGAGAGGCAUCCUGUCCACAGUGAAUAGUCUUUAUGACCCCCUUGGGUUCGUGGCUCCAAUAACAAUGCAAGGUAAAGCCUUAAUCAGAGAACUCUCUUCUGAUCAGAGUGAGUGGGAUGCCCCUCUUCCCACAGAAAAAGAAGAGGAAUGGAAAAUGUGGAAGGAAUCUUUGAUGGAGUUGGAACAUAUGAAUAUUCAGCGGACCUACAUCCCAGUCUCCUUGUCUACCACUCAAAGAAGAGAGCUACACAUCUUCUCGGAUGCCUCUACAGUAGCCAUAGGAGCGGUAGCCUACCUGAGAGUUAUUGACUCGGAAGGUCAAUGCCAUGUUGGAUUUGUCAUGGGGAAAUCAAAAUUGGCCCCUCGUCCGGCCCACACUAUCCCACGCCUAGAACUGUGUGCGGCUUUGCUAGCUGUUGAGAUGUAUGAACUGAUCAAAGACGAAAUUGACAUUGAUAUACAUGCAGCCAAGUUCUACACAGACAGUAAGAUAGUUCUCGGUUACAUCCACAAUGUCACCAAAAGAUUCUAUGUUUAUGUUGCCAAUAGGAUAACUCGCAUCAGGAAGUCUACCCAUCCAGAUCAGUGGUGCUAUAUAAACACUGACAGCAAUCCAGCAGACCAUGCAACCAGGCCCAUACUUGCUGCGCUCUUAAAACACACUAGUUGGUUCUCAGGUCCACCGUUCCUGACCCAAACAAACUCGAGUAAGCCUGAGAACAUCAAUUUUGACCUUGUAGAGCCUCACACAGAUGCAGAGAUUCGACCAGACGUCACUGUCUUUGCCUCUAAAGUUUCUGGAGCUCAACUCGGCUCUCAUCGCUUUGAGAGGUUCUCAAGCUGGAAAACUCUCAAUCGAGCCACAGCACGACUCAUUCAUGUUGCAAGAUCCUUCCAUGAAGGUGCAGACAACACCAGCUGCAAAGGCUGGCAUGACUGUAAUAAACCAUGCGGUACAAGUGAGUUGUCACAAGCCAAAACAGCAAUCAUUCACUGUGUGCAACAUGAAGCCUUCAGAGAGGAAUUCAAAUGCAUUGAAAAAGGAAAAGAGUUCCCAAAGCAAAGUACACUCAAAAAGCUGAACCCAGUGAUUGAUGAGGAUGGGUUGCUGAGGGUGGGAGGCCGCUUAUCCUCCGCCGACAUGUUACAAGACGAAAAACAUCCUCUCAUCAUCCCACGGACACAUCAUGUUGCCACUCUGCUGGUAAGACAUUAUCACGAGCAAGUGGCUCACCAAGGCCGUCAUUUUUCAGAUGGAGCUAUUCGAGCAGCAGGCUUCUGGAUUAUUGGGAGCAAACGUCUGGUCUCUGGUAUCAUUCACAAGUGUGUCACCUGCCGCAAGGUUAGAGGGAGGUUAGUUGACCAAAAAAUGGCUGACUUGCCUGCAGACAGACUCACAUCUGAACCACCAUUCACCAGCGUUGGACUUGAUGUGUUUGGACCAUGGAAUGUCAUAACUCGUCGCACUAGAGGUGGUAGUGCAGACUCCAAGCGCUGGGCGGUGCUCUUUACAUGUAUGUCUACUAGAGCAGUCCAUAUCGAGCUUAUCGAAUCCAUGUCCACAUCCAGCUUCAUCAACGCGCUGAGGCGUUUUUUCGCUAUCCGUGGUCCAGCAAAAGUGCUACGGUCUGAUCGAGGUACAAACUUCAUAGGUGCCUGCAGGGAACUGGGUAUCGACACAAAUGACUCAGAACUGACUAAAUACCUCUCAGAUAAGGGAUGUACUUGGAUAUUUAAUCCUCCACACUCGUCUCAUAUGGGUGGUUCUUGGGAGAGACUCAUUGGGGUUGCCAGACGUAUUCUUGAUGCUAUGCUGUUUCAGACGGGCUCCACUCGUCUCACACAUGAGGUCUUGAGCACUCUUAUGUCUGAAGUUAUGGCAAUAAUCAAUGCGAGACCCUUAGUGUCAGUAUCAACCGACCCUGACAUGCCUACCAUUCUCACACCCUCAAUAUUACUUACACAAAAGACCAGCGCUACCUCAGCCCCUUCUGGAUACUUCAGCAUGAACGACCUUCAUGGAAAACAGUGGAAGCAAGUCCAGUGUCUCGCUGACACCUUUUGGAAAAGGUGGAGACAGGAGUACCUGACAACGCUGCAGAGACGCAGAAAAUGGACAGCAGAAAAGCCAAAUGUAAAAGUGGGAGAUGUUGUCUUAUUGAAAGACAGUCAGGCACACAGAAAUUACUGGCCAGUCGGGCUUGUGGUAAAAACCUUUCCCAGUACUGACAAAAAGGUUAGGAAAGUAGAACUAAAAAUUGUCAAGCAAGGAGCUGCUAAGGUGUUUCUGAGACCAAUCUCAGAGAUUGUUGUUCUUCUUUCUGAAGCAUCCUAGAGACAAAAGAUAAAAAUAGAAAGGACAUUAUUUGUUUCUUGAUAUGUUUUAUUUCAUAGUGGCACAAUUUCAUUAUGCCAGGCGGGGAGUGUGCUGCCAUCCUGUUAGAAGGUAACAGAUUAUUUUAUUACAA